UCCGCUUGGCGACAACAACGGCGGGGGAGGGCUUGUUUUCACUAAACUACGGAUUCUUUUUCUUUUAAUUAAAAUAUAGAUAUACUUAUAUUCGCGUUGGAUUUCGGGAUGCUUUGUCCGCUCUCUAAGUGCUCAAUCGUAUGCUGUUUAUCGCACCCACCCCCGUGGGAAUAAUCAACUUUGGAGUAAGCGGUAUUAAAGAGGAGAGGAGCAACUAUUCCAAACGCUUUGCCAAUCAACGGACUGACCAAUGCUAAGCUAACCCGUUAGCCAGAAGUCUGGAAUGCAGUCGGAAUUCCGGAUAAAAGUCCAAAAGCGACCAGGCAAACUUUAUUUUCGCUCUCUGGUUACUGCAUGCAAUUUAAUAGCGAUUCUGAAAGGGAAACCAGCCCCUCGGAGGCUCUGUGUGUUUGGUCGGAGUGGACUGGGCAGGUGCACCUCUUGCGGCACCUGCGGAAACUUAGUAACUUAGCUCUAGUGGUAAAGAGCUAACUUUAGCAUGCUCACGUUAACCUCACGUAGAGACAGUAACUAUUGAGAGCUGGUUUUUAUCUCAUUGCUGAAAUUAUUUGAGCCAUUGACGGAUAAUUUCCAACUUCAUAUUGCCACAUUGCCGUCAACAAGUGGUGGCACUUACUAAACUGUAUUUCGGUUAACCUUAGCCAGCAACCUCGCUAGCUACUCAUUGACCCUCACACUUUUACCGGAGUGGCGACGUGGAUAGUGGGGUUGUGGACACACACUGUGUCUCUCCCACAGGACUUUGGACGUAGUUUAACUCUGCUUUCUGAUGUUCAUGGAAAUCCUCGCAGUUCUCAUCGGAUUGUCUCGCUAAUGUGACAGCAUGCGGAUUUCAGAAAAUUACAUUUUACUCUUUUAAUUUUUAACUUUUGUUUUAAAAGCUCUGCACCCUAUGGUGCCGCUACGACCACCGAGAAAUGGAUGUCUCGCAGGCCGCUUUCCCAAACGGUGAAGGGCGGCCGGGCGGCGGUGGGACCGGGGAGCAUGCUUGGACAGAGUCCCCAACAGUUCGGGCGUGGGCUCACUCUGCCCCGCUGUGCCCGACUAGAUCUCUGUGGACUGCCGCGUAUGACUACGAGGCAAGCGGCGAGGACGAACUCAGCCUCAGACGAGGAGACGUGGUAGAGGUCCUGUCUAAGGACGCUGCGAUCUCCGGGGACGAAGGAUGGUGGACAGGCAAAAUCAACCACCGGGUCGGGAUAUUCCCCUCCAAUUAUGUCACGUACCAGCCCGCUAUUUACCAUCUCCCUGCAACUAGCGGGUCGGUGGGGGUACCAGAGCAAGUCCCGAGCUCGCCUGUCCAGAUCCCCUUCAGCGAACUGACAUUAGAGGAGAUCAUAGGCGUGGGUGGAUUUGGCAAAGUUUACCGGGGCACAUGGAAAGAUCAAGAGGUCGCAGUGAAAGCUGCCCGGCAAGACCCAGAUGAGGACAUAACGGCUACUGCCAGCAGUGUUAAGCAAGAAGCUAAGCUUUUUUCCAUGCUGCAGCACCCCAAUAUUAUUAAACUGGAAGGGGUGUGCUUGGCGGAGCCCAACCUGUGCCUGGUCAUGGAAUAUGCUCGAGGCGGAACACUGAACCGGGUGUUGACCGGAAGACGCAUCCCUCCACACAUUCUGGUUAACUGGGCUGUGCAGAUCGCACGCGGGAUGCACUAUCUACACGAGGAGACCGUGGUACCAAUUAUCCAUCGUGACCUGAAGUCUAGCAACAUUUUAUUACUUGAAAUAAUCGAGAAUGACGACAUCGGGAGGAAGACCUUGAAGAUCACAGAUUUUGGUCUGGCCAGGGAGUGGCAUAAAACCACAAAAAUGUCAGCAGCAGGCACCUACUCCUGGAUGGCCCCUGAAGUCAUCAAGUCAUCUCUCUUCUCUAAAGGCAGUGACGUCUGGAGCUACGGUGUCCUACUGUGGGAGCUGUUGACUGGGGAGGUGCCGUACCGAGGGAUUGACGGCCUGGCUGUUGCUUAUGGUGUAGCAGUCAAUAAGUUAACCCUGCCAAUCCCUUCCACCUGCCCUGAACCCUUCGCCAAGCUCAUGAAAGAGUGCUGGGACCAGGACCCCCAUGUGCGUCCCUCCUUCUCCUGCAUCCUGGAGCAGCUGUCGGCCAUCGAGGAGGCGGUGAUGGCCACCAUGCCGCAGGACUCCUUCCACAGCAUGCAGGAUGACUGGCGUGUGGAGAUCCAGGAGAUGUUUGAUGAGCUUAGGACCAAAGAGAAGGAGCUGCGUUCCAGGGAGGAGGAGCUGACACGAGCCGCCCUCCAGCAGAAGUCUCAGGAGGAGCUGCUGAAGCGCCGGGAGCAGCAGCUGGCCGAACGGGAGAUCAACGUGUUGGAAAGGGAGCUCAACAUCCUCAUUUUUCAGCUCAACAAAGACAAGCCCAACGUAAAGAAGAGGAAAGGCAAAUUCAAACGUUCCCGCCUGAAACUGAAGGAUGGAAACAGGAUCAGUCUGCCCUCAGACUUCCAACAUAAGAUCACCGUGCAGGCAUCGCCUUCCAUGGACAAGAGACGGAGCCUUCAUAGCACCAGCUCCUCUCCUCCCAGCAGCCCCACACUCAUCCCUCGGCUGCGAGCCAUUCAGCUCACUCAAGAUGAGAGCAACCGUACAUGGGGCCGCAGCACCCUCUUCAGGCCAGAGGAGUUUGAUGAUGUGAAAAAAGGAAUCAAGAAGAAAGGAAGAACCUGGGGCCCCAGUUCAGUACAGAGCAAAGAAAGACCUGCUGCUGCUGAGAGAGUGCGUCCUCUGUCAGAUGGCAGUAAUCCCUGGUCCACCAGCCUGAUGAAGUCCCAGAAGUCUGUCCCCCUCGCUGCCCUGUUUGUUGAACAAGCCGGGACGGGUAAAGAUGAGGCAUUCCCCCAGGAAUGUCCUGACAGCAGUUCCAAACCAAAGCAGCUUAAGUUCCCCAACCAGGUGUACAUUGAUCUACCUCUGUGGAGGGACGAGCCGCAGCCUCAGAGCCCAGGUGGAAGUAGCGGACCGGGAGAUGCAGGGGUCGGCACAGCUAGUCCGGGUGGCCCAACAGAGACGAUGGACGACCCCUGCACCACCACGUCCACCUCGUCCACCUCCACAACCCCACAGCUCACCCCCACCAACAGCCUUAAAAGAACAGUAGCUCGCCGCAAGACGGACUCUGUGCUGUACGGCUGCGGUUCGCUGCUGGCGUCCGUCGUGCUCGGCUAUGACAUCCGGGAGGCUCUCAAAAACUCAGCCCCUGGGGAAGAUUCAGAGCCUCCUAAAGAGGAGAAAGAAAAGAAAAAGAAGGAGGGCCUCUUUCAGCGAGCGACACGGUUCCGCCGCAGCACCUCACCACCCAGCGGUCGCUCCCGCAAAGACGAGGCACCGACAAAUCAAACCUCCACCCAACCUGUUAAUCUCAUCUCCAUGUCGGCCAUUAUGGAGUGCAACUCCACGAAGUGCCUCUUACAGUCUGAGGUGGAGGUGCCGGAGCCCAGCUCUAGGAAGGCGGAGCAAGUAGCCGUCAAUCAUCACACAGAGCCACCUAGAACCGGCAAAGCAGCAUUUACAGACAACCAUAGUAACCAGUCUGCAGUUAAAACACACAAACCAGUUCAAACCCAAAGCCAGCCACCAGAACAGAGCAACCACAACACAGGAACACGUCUACGCAGAAAGAAGUACACCACCAACCACAACACCAAUGGCCCACCCACUCUGCCUCCUCCUGCCACAGAGAAGAAGCAGGAGAAAGAGAGGGAUGAAAAGCCUCCGAGCGGAGAGGCCAUCCCACGACCACGGCCGGUGUCAUUCCGGGCCAAACCUCACACCUGGGCCCUGCUCCGAGGUCGCAACAAGAGCUACUCCCUGGGACACUACUCUGGGGAGAAGACGGUGCAAAACCUGAACAUGGUACUGUCCUCGGAGGUGGGCUGCUCGCUGCUCGACAUGGACACAGAGGGCCAGAAACGAGACUGCACUGUGCCGCUCUGCCGCAUCCAGAGUUCCCCGGGACGGCCCUCUGUCUUUGAGCUGGAGAAAGAGUUCCUCUCAUAGGAGCCCUGAGGAGUGGUGUGCUGUAGUUGCAGCUCAUCCCUUGAGAGGUCCCAAAGGCUUUAGACCCAGACUGCCUUUGCUUCCAUUUCAGCAAGUUCUUAUAGAACUGUAGAAAUGAUCUGUGUCUUAGGUCUAGAACACUGUGACGUUGGUGUGUCACAAGAGCUCUAGAAUAUGCACCCUCAUAUCAGUCUGAGAACACCCUCACUGCCACAUCUCAUCCCAGAAAACACACAGAGCUUGGAAACCUGAGCGGAACGUUCCAGAGCCUGAUCGGCUUUCUGAUCCCGCAAUCACAAUGGCCACAUUUUUUAUUCUCUUCCUCUCCUCCUUCCUGUCUCCUUUCGUUCCGUCAGUGCAGCUCAACGUUGACCGCUGCUGCAGCUUUUGCAACACAGUACCCUCACCUUUUUAUUUAUAUAUAUUUUUAUAGGUAAUUUAAUAUGAACAGACUUGACCUUACUGUAGAAACCAGCUGGAAGUACAUUCCAUGUCAGUUUCAAAGCUGUGUGAUCACGCUCUUAGAAUUGUUUUUAUUUUUUUUGUCUUAAAAAUCAUUCAUGCAUGUACCCUUAAAAUGUUGAACAAAAAAGAAAAAAAAUCAUUUUGCUUUGUAAAUAUUUCUUUUUAUCCACUGUCGGCAUAAUGUUGGCAGUUCUUUUUUAUUGCUUGUCUGCUGUUUUAUGACUGUUUAGCAAUGCUGCAGUACAGUUUGUGUUCUAGGGACAGGUUGCAUAAUGGAUCGCAGUGGGAUGUACGUAUGUUUCCACCCAGAAUGCCCUGAAGAUUUUAUAGAUGCGGCUUUUAAAAAAAAGAAAAGAAAAAAAACACCUGAAGUCCUACCUUACAAGGCAGACAUGCCAUCUCUUCUUUCAUUGGUUGAGAUUAUGUGUUUCUGAAAUGGAUUUUUCUUAUUUAUAGAAAACGUUUUUUGAGUAAUGCUUCAGUACUUACCACACUGCAGUGGUGUGGAGGAGUGCUUCAUAUCAGGAACACCUGCCCCAAAUUAAUUAAUAUAUAGUGAAAUCUCCAUGUUAACAGCUGAUAAUAAAAUGGUAAUGACAGCAUUAUUUUCAAGUGUCCAAACAGCAAGUGUAAGGCCCGAAAAUGUCCCAUUUUAUUAACUGUAAACCUUACAACUGUUGUUUAAAUGUUCAGUUAUUUAGUAGUGCAGAUUUAAGCAUUGUUUUUGUUCAGCAUAUCUCAGUCGUUACAUAAACAGCUUUCAUAUUUAGUUAAGUCAGAUUUGUUUCAAUUUAUACAAUCUUUUUUUUUUGUGCUACAUUAAGCAAAAGGUUUUCCCAUCUGGCCAAAUACUCAUUACAAGUUCAGGAAGGUGUGGAGAUUUUUUAAUUUAGCUAAAGAAAGUGAAGACAAAUUUAGCCUUUUAUUAUUGUAUUAUUUUAUUAUCUCAAAGGGCUCUCUGUUUAGAUUAAUAAUACCAGGUUUCCUCUUUAGACCUCUGAACUUGCCAGUUUGGAGGCCUUACUUUACAGAAAAUGUUGUGGAUACAGUACUACAGUUACUUUGGGUUCUCUACUGUUAUUAUAUGCUGCCAGCUUUUCACUGCUGUCUGUGAAGUUCACUUGAAAGGGCUCAAGGAUCCAUCAGCAGAAAAUGAUGAAUUCCCUGAAAGUAUAAAUAUUUCUGAUGUGUCAACUACUGAGGUGUUUUCUGAUUGUGUAGAAUAUGAAGUAUUCCUUGUUCUGUAUUUUAUGACCACUGACUUCCAAGCCAGGAACAACACUAAUGGCCUUAUCACUCAUAAGGCUGUAAAAAGGUGCGUCUACAAGCCAGUUUAAGAAUUAUGGGCAUCUGUAAAUAGAAAGCACUGGUCCUAUACACCCCCCUCAGUUUGCAGUUUGUCAUCCACAGGAACAGUGAACAAAACAGUUGUCUGUUAAGAUUUAUAAUGACUCAACAUUCCCAAACAAGCAUUCCACUGCACUGGUCGAAACACAGCAAUACUAUUUAUGAAACCAGUCUCCAGUGCAGCAGUCAGGCCUCUGGAUUCAGGACCAAGUUUGAGCGUACCAGCACUGAGGCCUCUCUGUCUUAGGACCAAAACCACUAAAUGAACCUGCUGCUAUUGAAGAGAAAAACGGCUCAGAUGUUCAGCACUGCUUCUGAAAGAGCCGUCGCCCAAUUUAAUGACAAGACUUCCUGUUAAAUGCAAAAAAGUCACUGAAUACUUGUGUCACACUGACUGUGUCAGAUUUAGCUUCCAGUGAACGGUGUUUGUAUUCUUUACAGUAUUGGUUUUUCAUGCCUGAUUGAUCAAGAGCAUCAAGUUUAUCAACAUUUGAAUAAAGUUUAAAUCAA